AUGUCUGAUCUAGUCGAUACAAACACGCACUUCCUGGACGGCUUCCGCGAGCUCCUCCAGCGGAAAGAGGACGAGGAUUGGGGUGCUAAGCUUGAACACUUCUGUGAAACCUUCUGGCUACAUCUCGACGACAACCCCUCUCCAACGCUGGAAGUCAUCAAUGCGUUUAUCGAUGUACUACUGGAAAAGGAAUCUUUUGCGGUUGCUAGGCUCCUUAUUCCGGAGUUUCGCGGCGAGCUAUCUUCCAAACUCGAGAACGAAACCAAGCAGUCUGUUAUGGAUCACACCGCACACCUACGGGCAGAGCAAAAAAACAUGGAGAAGACGACGCCGUCAAAGUUCGAUGACCCUCUCUAUCGCGCCGAAAAGGAAGUUUUUCACGAAGCCGAAAUGUACCGUGCGGGCCUUCUACUCUACUACCAAGGCAAUCUCAGCAAGACGGAGAGGGCGGAGAUCCAGAAGUGGUCGGCAGCACGACCUGGGUGUAUGAGGGAGAUGGAUGGGGCCGUUGGGACGGAGAUGAAUGAUCUACGAACCAGUGAAGAUGAGGACAAGGAAGACAUUAUACCAGCGGGAGCAAGUAGGAAGCGAAGGAAGAAGGAAGAGGGCGCCGUAAAGGGAUGA